CACAGAGAGACUAAAUUUUUAUUUAAUAUUACUUAAUAUUGCACAGAAAUAAAAAUACUAACACUACACAACUGCUACUUAAAUGACAAUGAUUUUUUUUUUUUUGGGUUGACAGUUACAUUUUCUAAACAAGAUCUUACAAGCACACAUAAUGUAAAAAUGUCUUCAGGUAACACACGCCGUCACAUCUUCUCUGGCAAAACAUGUUAGGUUGAGCCAGCAAUAACACAUUAUUUUAUGCAAAACUGGAAUUUUGAUGUUAAGAGUUCAAGAGUUUCCACAGCAUCUUUAAUUCUGUAAUGUGACACUUGAAUACAAAUGCAUUGUCAUGGCAGUUCUGAUGGGUGGAUUCAGUACAGGUAUGAGCAAUGUGCUCUUCAAAAACCACGUCAAUCUUUUUAAGUUAGUAAAAUGCUGAGUAAAGUGUGUUGCAUGAUUUGAUUUUUAUCAUACAUGAGGUCACAUAUAAUAUAGUAGGAAGGCAACCCUGGGUUCGUGGCCAAACUAUAAAUUAAUAUUCAAGCCAUUCAGACAAACCAUACUCCCUUUGGAGCUCACUUGCCACGUUUGUAUAAAAAGAAAAAUGAUUUUGGAGGAAAGGGUCAAGAUUUGGUUUAACAAUCCCCCAAAUUCCUUCUAGCAAAAUUUGAUUAGUUUGAGUGAAGGGCAUUUAAAUUGAAAAUGGAGAAUUGUAUGAAAUAAAUCAUAGUCAUAUUUCACUUUUUUUUUUGAGAUAGGUUUUCACUGGGCAGCAUUGGCUGGCCUAGAAGUUGGUAUGCAGACCAGGCUGGCCUCAAACUCAGAGACCCACCAGCCUCUGCCUCCUUUACUGCUAAAAGUAAAGGCAUGUGCUGCCACAGUAAGUUUAUGUUUCACUCUUGAACCACACAUUUUAAUGCCAUCCUUUAUCUCCAUAGGAACAAUACUCUCCCUGAAUCCAUUUGUACCUCUAAUAUUAGGAAUUUCUGUUAGAACAUAUUUUUAGCAUUACAAAAGUACAACCCCAGCCCUACCUACACUCUAUAAUUUGGUAAUUUAAGUUAUAACUUAAUUCUGUCUUUGGCAGCAGUAUCACUUUUUAAAAUAUUUAUUUUUAUUUUCGGUCUAUGAGUGUUUUGCUUGCAUGUAUGUCUGUGCACCUCUUGUGUGCCUGGUGUCAACAGAGGCCAGAAGAGGGUGUUGGAUUCCUUGGAACUAGAGUUACAGAUGGAUGUGAGCCACCAGGUGGGUUCUGGGAACUGGACUCUAGACCAUUGCAAGAGCAGCAAGGAUUCUAAUGCAGAGCAUUCUUUAGCUCAGCAGAAUUUUUACUAAUAUUUUAUGAAAUUAAAGAAUCAUAUGUAAUCAGAGACCUUGUAAGUACUGAUGGCUGGCCAAGUAGGAAAUGACAGACUUUUUAUCUUUCCUAAGACUUUUUUUUUCUUCUGUGAAAUAGAACUCUGUCUGAAAGACUUAUCGGGAACAGACUGCUGGAGGGGCUGCUUUCAAAAUCCAGGAAAAUGAACUGUAGCUGGAAGCAAAACAAAACUGAAGCCUAUAAAUUGGCAAGAAAGAGCACUUAAUGAAUUCAUAAUGUAUGAGUAGGAUGAGGAACAGGGUUUUCUUAGUCACCAUUUCUGUGCUUGGUGUUUCUUAUGAAAAUCAUUUUGUGAGGAGGAGGGGCCCCAGAAACGACAGCGCUCCUGGGCCUUGCAACUUUACUGCCCAUUGUCUUGUCUUGGCAUUGAGGAUGUGGCAGCCAGCCAGAGAGCAUGGAAAUCAGAGAGGAAACUAGAAGGAAUAACUUUUUUUUUUUUUUUGAGGAGUUUUAACUUCGUUCUCUGUGUUGCAAAGAGAUGGUUUUCACAAGGGCAAGAGUAGCAGAGAGAGCUCCUCUGGGGUCAGAGGGCAGCGGUUGGGCGCAAAUUCCUUGGAAUGUAAAACCAGACAGUUUGAGAGACUGUCUGCGGUUAGGAAGGGAAAGUGCCCCUGAAUUCACAUGGGACACAAGAACUUGGCCCAGAGCUUGGGGUUCUCUCUGGUUUAGCUCUCGCUAGAGUCUUCUCUGAGCAGAGGACUCCUCUUAGGUGUCAGUGCGCAAAAUUGCCUCUUAAUCCCAGCUUGCUCUUGACUAAUUAGUACAUCUUCAAAGCCGAAAGAUGAGCCUGAGGCUCCUUUUCCCCAUGGUAAAGGUUCACCAAGAGGGCCUUCAGCUUAUCUAGGUAUCCAGUCUACACAUCACCAGGACUAGAGUCCCAAGGGAAUCGCCCCUUCUUUAGCAUUUGCUACCCCUCCCUCAGCUCAGCAUUCCAGGGGGUGUUCCCCACCUCCGCUCCCCGCCGUUACUGGAGGCCAGUCAGGUCACAGAAGUCAGGGCCCUGGCUCAGGAAGCUUCCUGCUGAGCCCUUGAGCGAUUAGCAGCCAGCAGCUGGGAAGCAGGGCGGGGCGGGUCGCCGAGAGCCAGCCGGCCAAGGCGAGCACUAUUCCUGUCGCUGUGAGCUACCGGCAUGUUAUGUGCAGCGCCCAAUCACGCUCCCAAUCCUCAAAGCUGACCUGCGCUCCCCUCAGUGCCACAGGCUUUGAUUUGAUCGUUCUCUCAGAACAAGCUCACCCCCAGUCCCCUAGCCAGUUGUCCUGGGACUGCGCGAGUGUCUACGGAGCAGCCACGACCGGGAGUUUCAGAGCUAUCAUCCUGCCUUCCCGGGCCACUCACUAUAGGGUCACAUCCACGCAUCUGGCCUUUUGGAAAUCCAGCACCCUCGACCUCUCCAGGUGAUGGUGCGCGGCCACUGCCGCUUCUGGUGUGCAAGUGUGGACUCCCCAAAUUGUGUAGGGGAGGCGGCUCUGGGCAACGUGCUGUCAUGCUCACCAACGGCUGAAACCAAGUCUAGUAUUACCGAGAAGACUCCGAAAUCCACACCCUCUGCUACUAGAGGCUUCUGGAAAUUGUCUCUACAUCUUACGUUGUGUGAGAGGGGCACGAAGCAACCGCCAAAUCUGGAUGAAGGAACCCUAGGUUUUAAGCUGAGCAGGCAAAAAUCAGCCUUUGCUAGGGGCUCUGCAGCUGGACAGCGGAGGUGGGGGUUCCGUGUCACGGGAUGUCUCCAGCCGCGCCUGGCUGGCUCCAUCCCAGCUUCCCGCCUUGGGCAUCAUGAGUUACUUCCUGUCUUACUGUAAAGCCCACGGCAGUUCUCUUCUCACUGGCUACCAGGCCCUACGCGCUGAGGGCUUCUUGUGCGAUGUGACACUGGAGGCCGAGGGCAGUGAGUUCCCAGCACACAGGUCCCUUCUGGCAUGCUCCAGCGACUACUUCAGGGCCCUGUUCAAGAGUCACACGCAGGAAUCGCGGGCUCGCGUAAUUCACCUGCAUGUGCCUUCAGCGGCCGGCCUACAGCGCCUGCUGGACUUCAUCUACACUGCCUGGCUGCCCCUCUCCAUGGACACUGUGGAGGACACUCUGGAGGCUGCCAGCUACCUGCAAGUCACCGAGGCCUUGGGACUAUGUGCCCACUACUUGGAACGCCAGCUUACCCCAGAGAAUUGCUGCUUCACUGCUAAUGUGGCAGCUCGCUUUGGCCUGGCCCGCACCCUAGGUGCAGCGGAGCACUGUAUUGUGCGCCACCUGGGGGAGCUGUUACUGAUGGGCGCUGGGCCCUCGGGGCUGUUGGAACUCAAUCCUAUAUCAAUGAAGGCUGUGCUGGGUGCCCCCAAUGUAGCACGGGUGGCCGAGACGCGGCUGCUGCGCCUAGCACUAGCCUGGCUGCAGCAGGAGCCCACGACCCAGCGCCUGGCACAUAGUUCAACACUGCUUGGAUGCAUACGCUUUGGCCUGGUGCCUGCUAGUGUCCUGCGGCGCAUGUACUCGGGCUCUGGUCUUAUAUUACCUACUAGGAUCAAGAGCCUCAUCAUCCAGGCCCUCAAUUACCACACAGCACCCUCCAGCCAGCCGCUUCUGCAGGGAGAACAGACCAGUGUCCGGAGUCCCCAGACCCGUAUCUUGCUAGUUGGUGGUCUCAGAGCUAGGGAGACUGUAACUGAGGAAAUCAUGGUCCUACCAGAGGUAGUUCGGAAUCGGCGCCCUGCACCUGAACCAGAGGAAGAGGAGGGAGAGGAGGAAGAAGAGAUGGAGGAGGAGAAGGAGUGGGAGCUCACUCAGGAUGUAGUGUCCUUCGAUGUGUACAACCACAGCUGGCACACCUUAACACAGCUGCCUCAACCACUGCUAGGCCACAGUGUAUGCACCAUCGGCAACUUCCUAUUUGUCCUUGGAGGGGAGAGCCUUUCUGGCAGCCCAUCUAGUUCCCUGGCUGAUGGCUCAAGGUCAGUCACAGCCUUAGUGCACCGGUAUGACCCGCGCUUCCACACUUGGACAGAGGUGCCUGCCAUGAGAGAAGCAAGAGCCUACUUCUGGUGUGGUGUGGUAGGCGAGAGUCUCCUGGCUGUUGGAGGCCUGGGCACCUGUGGUGAGGCACUGGCCUCAGUGGAGAUGUAUGACCUUCGCAGGGACCGCUGGGUGGCAGCUGGGGAGCUACCUCGGGCAGUACAUGGUCACGCAGGUGCUGUUGGGGACCAUGGUGUUGUAUACAUCUCCGGGGGCAAGGCUGGGAGAGGUGAAGGAGGCACCAGUAGCCUCCGAGAUAUGUACUCCCUUAGCCCUGGAGAGAGAGUGUGGAGCAAGAGGGCACCCAUGGGCACAGCUCGUUAUGGGCACUACCUUGCGGUGCUGCGAGGUGCAGUGUUUGCGUUUUUGGGAAGAUAUGAGCCCUUCUCUGAGAUUGAACGCUAUGAUCCCAGCACAGACCAGUGGACUCGGUUGCGGUCACUACCCUAUGACCGCUUCUGCUACGGACUUGCUGUGGUAGAAGAGACAGUGCUGCUGCUGGGUGGUCUUAAGUGGCGGGAUUCACGCCAGGUGCCAACCCGUAAUGUAGUAGGCUAUGACCUUGACCUGGACCGUUGGGAAGACAUAGGCUGUGUGCUACCCUGGGCAUGGAGUGGCCUUCGGUGUGCAGUGUUGCAGCUGGCGGAGGGUGCGGAGGAGACAAGGGAGGGAGAGAUUGGAGAGGUGCCAAAUUUAGUGCUGGACUGAAUGGGUGAGUCCAGUCUUCAGAGGAUUCAAGAGAAAAUUGUUCUUGACCUUGCCUGAAGAGCAAGGCUUUUUUCCCCUAAGAGGACUCUGAUAGAGUAAUUCUGAAGGGUAAAGAGGCAAACAAGGCCUUGACCAAAGAAUAACUAUUCCUUCAACUGCAAAUUCGGCCAGGAAUGGUCAAAUGCAAAGAUAAUGAACCAGUUUUAGUUAGCCGAAGAGUUCUCAGAAAGACAGAUCCUGGCCUACAGGUGGAAUUGGAAAAUAAAAUAGGACCUUAUUUCUCCCCUUAAGCUGUUUUUUUCAAGUACCUGUGAAUAUUUUCAUAUCUCCCAUCCAAAGAAUGUACUAGUACACACAAACCACAGAAAUUUGUUGGCUACA